AUGCCUCACCGUGCCAAUGGCAACAUCGUUGACAAGCUCGUAGCCAAAGGGCAUAUCCCUCUUCAGCAUAGUGGCAGUAUUCUGACAGAGGAAACAGGUACCGGUACGAGAGAGAAAACUUUGGCAGAAGGACAUGCUCGCAAUUGCAAGGACAUGUCUGCUUCCAAGGCCGUUGAGAACCAGGACAGUAACGGUACAGGCGAAGUCGUUGCCAUCGGAAUGGAAACCCUACGGCAACGCGCUCCCGAAGUUUUCAUUGCCGAUGAUGGCGUUCCUGGUGCAUACGCACAAGCAACGGACCUUGGCCACAGUCAUGUUGCCGGUGACGGCAUUCCUGGCGCAUACGCUUUCGGUGGGAUAGGUGAUGAGAGCACCGAACAAGAGACAGACCUUGACCAAAGUCACGGUGUAGCACUACCAGCACCCAACAACAACACCGGAAUCCCCAGUGCGACCCCAGUGGAGGAUCUCGAGAGGGCUGAGGAGGUUGUUGGGGGUCGCAUUGUGCCAGCAAGAGGUUCUGAUAAGAUGGAAUUCCCGUGGGCAUGGGGGUUCUGGCUGCUCCUAGUUGUGGUUGUAGUUGUUAUCCCAACAGUCCUCGUACGAGAAGCUGAAGACGGCAGUGUUGCCCAAGCAACUUCAUCAUCGCCAUCUUUUGCCCCCUCACCAUCUCCAACAAUUGUUUUUAUCCUUGACCUACCAAUGCACACAAAAGAAGCCAUACUGGAUGAUCCUGAAUCGUCACAGUUCCAGGCCUACCAGUGGAUUCAGAAUGAUCCAAACAGGAAGAACUACACCCAAGGCAAGCUGAUGCAACGUUUUGUCCUUGCCACAUUGUAUUAUGCUACAAACGGAGAUGACUGGUUUGGGAAUGACAAGUGGUUGAAUUAUGAUGCAGAUGAAUGCCACGAUUGGUUCAACCUGGCCUCUCUUCCACCACUGUACUUUGAUGUGUGCACAACUGAAGGUGAUUUCAAUGCCUUGGUGCUUGUACACAACUCCAUGAAAGGUACUCUUCCACGGGAGCUUGGCUUGUUGACUGGUUUGCAGGCUCUCAUUUUGGGGGAUGGUUUCUUGAAUGGGCCUAUUCCUUCGGAGAUAUGGGAGCUCCCAAUUCUUUGGGUAUUGGCUGUCUAUCGCAAUCAGUUAACAGGCACUCUCCCCCCAGAAGGCAUGGUUGCAGCACAGAGCAGCAAAAGUUAUCUGGAUUUGGCUGGCAACCAACUAAGUGGCAGAAUUCCAUCGGAACUCGGUCUCUCUCGGCACCUGUCGCAUUUUAGUGUUGGAGACAACCAAAUGACAGGGACACUUCCUGAAGAAUUGGGCAACAUUGCUACUUUGGAGUACCUGGGUUUAAAUGCAAACGGUUUCACAGGUACUAUCCAAGGGAGCCCCUUCCAGGGCUGGGGCAAUCUAACACAUCUCUUCUUGAGAGACAACUUGUUCACAGGACAAUUCCCAACGGAAGUUGGGUUGCUCACAAGCCUGGAAGAACUCUACAUUUACAACAACUCUUUCUCUGGCAGCCUCCCAUCGGAGCUUGGCAAUCUUGGUGGGAAAACGCUGCGGAGGAUUGUUGUGUCCAACAACAUAUUUAAUGGCAGCAUUUCUGAUAGCAUAUGGCAUCUCUCUGGUCUGGAGGAGCUUCAGGUAGAUCUGAACUUUUUCACAGGAACUCUUCCCUCUGAUUGUGGUGUCACCCUUGGUAGUGCCUUGAGAAUGUUUGAUGUGGCUCUGAAUCAAUUUCAUGGAACCAUUCCUUCUUCCAUUGGGCUGUGGACUGACUUGCGCAGGCUAGAUUUGCGUGGCAAUGAUUUUGAAGGGAGCCUGCCCUCCGAAGUAUGGCAAAUGUCAUCACUCCGAGAGUUGUGGGUGGGAAGCAAUUUGAAGGGGUAUAUCCCACCCAAUGCCAGCUUUCCAGCCAUGGAAGCUUUUAAUUUGUCUGGUUCAAUGAUUAGUGGCACUAUCCCCAACCAACUCUGCAACAGCAGCAGCAAAUUGGAUGUGCUUGAUUAUUCCUGUUCAGAGAUUCUCUGUGGCUGUGAUUGUCCUUGUGGACGCUGA